AAAUUAAGGUACCUUGUCCUCCCUCCUCCGCUACUUACCGUUCUCCCCUCCGGCGGUUCUGCAAUCUCACUUCUUCUAACUAAACGAUCCAGUCAUACGACAAAUACUUACUCAAUUCAAUUGUUGAUUCUUGCACUCGAGCGUAAUGGUAUUGGGGUGCCAAUUCUUGGGGAGUUAUGAAUUUCUUUACUUUGUUGAAAAUUGGGUUCGAAGAAGUUGUGUUGAAGACGGUGAUUUGGUGGUGAGGGAUUGAGGAUUGGUGACCACAGUAUUGGGUUUGUUUGUGGCGUUUGAGACUUGGGUAUGGGGAAUUAAUUUUCAUUCUGAAAGAUUUGAGAUUUGGAUCAAGGAAUUGAGUUCUUGUUCAUUUGGGGGUCUUGUUGAUCUGGGUAUUGGAUUAAAGGAGAUCAGUGUGCUUCGGUACUAAGGGUUUUCUUUUUUGUAGCCAUGUUUUAUGGUGCAGCGGUAUGGGAUCCUUGGCUUAUUGUUGCACAAAUUGUUUGCCUCCAAUGUUUAUACUACAUAACCCUUGGAGUGUUCUUGUCCGUCCUUGUGGGAACUCGUGUUUCUCGGAUGAGCCUGGUGUAUUUCUUUGACUUUGCUACAGUAACUACAUCUACCAUAACUGGGUGGUGUGUAAUUGCUUCUGUUCUGCUCAGUGCUGUGGCAGGUGCUGGGUAUAUGCUUUAUUUGAUUGAAAGAUCAAAGAAGUGCUUAGAUUUUUCUUUCACCCUCUACCUUAUCCAUCUUUUCUUAUGCAUCAUAUAUGGAGGUUGGCCUUCCUCAAUAACUUGGUGGGUUGUCCAUGGUACUGGACUUGCAAUUAUGACUUUGCUGGGUGAACAUUUAUGCAUCAAUCAUGAAUCAAAAGAGAUUCAGAUACCACGAUACCGAUCAAAUUUUCAACCAGAAAAUCAUCCACCACAGAAUUCAAACGUGCAAAGGAGAAGAGAAGUGCAACUUGAGAUGUUUGAUUGACAAAAGUAUCAGUUAAGAAGAAAAUUUCCUGGUUGGACUGUAAUUGUUGGUUCUUGAUUCCUUUGGAAGAGCUAUACCUAAUAAAGCCACUUUGUAACCAAUCUUAGCUGCAACAUGAAAGAGUUAAGCUUAACUCUAUUUUGAUCCUAGUGGAGAUGAUAGAGGACAACCGUAAAGCUUGGAAUGGUGAUUAAGUGGUGGAUUGUGGAGCACUUAAGGCUAGGUAUGCAUUUGUCUUUGGGAACUCUGGACAUGUACAACUAUAGGUGUUUGAAGAAAAGUGAUACCAUUCUUUUCUAGUUUCAUUUGCUUAGUUGAUUAGGUUUUCAUCCUUUAUCUUGAUUGUUUGGAUGAAAUCUUUAACUUCCCAAAGGAAAAUCAUGUUAAGCUAAAAGUACAAGCAUAUGUUACUGAACUUUCUGAAUUACUGUAUUUUCUGUCCUACUUAGUAAAGGAAGCUUGAGUUUUUAGAUUAAAGCUUAGUCUCCAAUCUCCAUGCGUUUCCUUGGCAACUUCUGCUUGGUCUAUGGAACUUUGUGAAUGAUUUGAUUUUUAUUAUUAUUAUUUUUUUGCCAUCUGAAUGACUUGAUAUUUAAAUUUGCAAUUUUAUGGUCUAUAUUUCCUGGUGUUGUCAGUUGACUUGAGGAAGGUUUAGCAAGGGGUUCGUUUGGGGAUAGGGGCAACCUUCCUUCAUGCCAUUUUCAAUAUGACGCCCAUUUGAAAAGGCAGAGUUAAAGAAUUGAAGCUGGGGGUGAUAAGCUCUCUCACUGAGAUGAAAUUAAAUUUUUUUGCGCUUU